GCGCACCGAGAGGAAGAGCUCACAACUCUACAGACAACUUCUUGGAGUAGUUCGGGACCUUUUUCUGAUGCUUGUGAAAGGCAGCUGAAUAUCCUGCUCCUGCUUUCCCAGGGAGAUUAAAGCAGGACAUGCUUCCAGCCGCUGAUCAGCUUGACUUCACUCGGAGCGUCAGCAGGAUCUGACUCGCAUACAGGGAAGUGAACUGCACUAUACAGUAGAUACUACUCUGAAAGUAAUAUUCAGAAAUUCUCAUAUAUGCAUCUUAGUUGUGUAGCUAACCAGGAUUAUAGGAUAGUGUUGGUAUAAUUGGCACCCUCCUGGAGAGGGUAAGAAGAGGUAGAGCGAUUUGCCCACACAAAGGCUUUUUGUUCCCAGGCAACGGUAGAGGUGCAACAGGAGCAGGUUGGAUAGCUGGUGCUUGGACGAUGAACCCUUUGUAACAUUCUCAAUGGACACUCUGUGCUGGAGCUCUGACCUGGCUCGGCUUGCUCCUGUUAGCCCUCAGUGAAUGCCACAGGUUGAGUAAAAAUGGACAAUGUAAGUAGUGGCUCAGCUGGACAGGGGACACAGCCUCCUGGUUCCUUCCUGAAUGCGCUCUCCAAUAUCUUCACCCGGGAGAGGCCUACCUCCCUGGCAGAGGCAGAACCAGCCGUCUUGACGUCUUUCAAAGAGCUGUCGGAUGUUGACAGUACUCUGACCGAACAUGACCAAGCUGUUACAAACUAUACCAGCAACAACAACCCCAAAGUGAGGAAAGAUAUGCCACGGGUUGAUGUGGCCACUUCCUGCAAUAAAGGGCAGAAUGCUGAGUCAUGGAAACGUGAAUCCAGCAAGGACACUAUCAACAAAGGUAAAGCAUCAGCUGUCACCUCAACUGACCCAGAUCUGGUCCAGGUGACUCUGGUGGAAACCUAUAGUGACACAGAAACUGAGGAUGAGGAGGGGGCCCUCAGCCAAUCAGGGAUGCCUGUCGGGGCCAGGGAGGUGCUCUUGUCUGAAGGGGACAGUACAGUGGAUCAUGAUGAUGGAAACACAGAUCGGCUUUCCUGCACGGGUUUAGACAGAGAUGUCACUGAGGCCGAGGCAGACUAUCAGCUGCCUGUGUUUAGAACACACAGUCUGCUGGAGAGAUCCCUCCGAAACAUCUCUGUUCUUUAUGCGGACAGGCCUCUCAGCAGAACUAGCUCUAGGACAGACGUGCUCUCUUCCGUUCUUGAAAAGGAAGUCAGAUGCAACCCUGAAGAGAAUCCCCCCUCCACCACCCAGCCCGAGGAUGUAGAAACCACAGGCACAGAGGUGAACACGGCUGAUGAAGCAGGCAGUAGCUCCAGUGGCAUAGAUGGGGGAACAGAUCAAACCAGCACGUGCGCUGGAGGAGAGUCUUCCUCUGUGCCUAAUCCCUCUGUUGCCUCAGGACCUCUGGCUUUGGAGACUGCAGCUGAUGAUGCUGCCACUGCCCUUCCAUCAAAGCAGACAGAGGACCUAAACAAGGGACAGAAGGUGGAGAUACUUGAGCAGGAGGCUGUGGCUGAGGAGGGGAGUAGUGAGCCUCACUUCACCCAGGUCUCUCCCUCUCUUUCCUCCAGCGGGAGGGAAGAGGGGCAGUCGGACACUCUCAAUAGGACAAAACACCUUUCAGAGGUUCGGCAAGCCACAUCGGCAUCAUCUGCUCCUGGAGAGCCUCCAGCUGCCAUCCAGCCAAGUGUCAUUCCUGCUUCGCCCCAAAGUCGUCCACACACGUCUGCCACAAGGACACCAGAGAAAACUACAUCAUCUCCUGUGCCAUCUCCUCCCACCUCGUCCCAACACAAGGACACGGCGCUUUCUCCACCCUCCUCCUACCAGUUGCCAGCUCUCUUCAGUGGGCUGCGGGUGCUGAAGAAGGGAGCAGUGGGGGAGGACAAGGAGACACUGACAGAGAUAAAGCAGAGAGAGAAGGAUGCUGAUCUGGCACUGCUCAAUCUGAAGAAGACAGUGAACAAAGCCAAGCUAUAUCCUGAACAGAAAACAGCCACUCCAGCCAAAAAACGCACGGAGCCGAAACCAAUGGCUGAAACUAAAAGCAGUGUGCUGGGGCAACUCAAUCAACUGCUCAGCCUGGACAACCAAGAUCGAACCAACAAGUCUGAGGAUGGGCAGGAAACCAAGCAGGAGCCUGAGAAUGCAGAAAAGGAAACCAAGCAGGAGCCUGAGAAUGCAGAAAAGGGGGAAUCUGAAGCCCCAGUGACCACCACAUCCCCAAGAAAGAAAACAUCAGAUUUAGCCUAUGAAACAUUUAGGAACUUAUUUGGCCCCAAAACGGGCAAAAAGGAAACAACAGAACCUGAUUUAGAGGCCGUGAAAAAGAAAAUCAAGAAUGAAAAAGAGCAGCUGAAGUCUAUCUUUGAGAGAGCCUCCAAAUCUCCUGGCAGUGAACUCAAACAUCCCACAGAGGCUAAUACUGAGAUCACAUCCCCUGCUGACAGUGAGGACCGAACCCCAGGGCGUCUGCAGGCCAUCUGGCCCCCGCCCAAGCCCAAGGAUGAGGAAGAGAAGGUGGGGCUCCGGUACACUGAGGCAGAGCACCAGGCUGCCCUCUUGCAGCUGAAGAGGGAAUGCAAGGAGGAAGUGGAGAAGUUGCAUGCGGACUUUGAGCUCCAGAUCUUCCAGGUGCGAGGUGAGCAUGCUGUCACAGUGUCACGGCUCGAGGGAGUCAUUGCCAAGAUGCAAAGAGACCGGGCCUACAAUGCAAACCAGGAACGCGGUGAGGUCUGCCACGCCUGUGUGUCCACUGAAGAUGACCAGCCGCCCAAGGCCUUCCGCAAUGUGUGCAUCCAGACAGAUAGGGAAACCUUCAUCAAAACCCCUGAGGGCGAGGGCAGCUGGCCUGCCCAGAGCCCCAGCCAGAACGUGCCUAAGAAACUCAACCUGGACUCUAUCGGAAUGAACCUUGGGGGCAAAGCUGAACCAUCCUCAGGCACCAAUGGACCCCCUCAACCACCUCCACCCCCUCCCCUGCCAGGCAGCUCAGGACCACCACCCCCACCUCCUCCACCACUGCCAGGCAACAUGGGAGCACCACCACCCCCUCCACCACCACCGCCGCCUCUCCCUGGAGGUGGCCCAGCUCCUCCACCACCUCCGCCACCUCCUCCUGGCCUACCUGGCGCUGGUCCGCCUCCCCCUCCACCCCCACCUGGCAGUGGCCCUCCACCUCCUCCCCCCAUGCUGGGCUUUGGCUUUGGUCAGAAAGUGGAAAAGGCCCCACGGAAGCCCGCCAUUGAGCCAGCGUGUCCCAUGAAGCCUCUGUACUGGACCAGGAUACAGAUUCAGGACAACAAUAACAACACCGUGUGGGGUUCGCUGGAGGAACCAGAUAUCAUAAACACCAAGGAGUUUGAGGAUCUUUUCUCCAAGGCCACACUGCAGCCAAAGAAGAAGCCUCUGUCUGACACCUACGAGAAGAAAGCCAAACCCAAGAAGAUCAUCAAGCUGUUAGAUGGGAAGCGCUCGCAAACCGUUGGCAUCCUCAUAUCUAGCCUGCAUCUGGAGAUGAAGGACAUCCAGCAAGCUGUUCUUACUGUGGACAACUCUGUGGUGGAUUUGGAGACCAUUGAGGCUUUAUAUGAAAAUAGGGCGACCAGUGAUGAGAUGGACAAGAUAAAGAGACACUAUGAGACUUCCAAAGAGGAUGAGGUGAAGUUGCUGGACAAACCUGAACAGUUCCUCUAUGAGCUCUCCCAGAUCCCUGAUUUCUCAGGCCGGGCCCACUGCAUCAUCUUCCAGUCAGUGUUCCUUGAUAGCAUCUCGUCCAUCCGUCGCAAGGUGGAGAUUGUCUCCAACGUCUGUAAAGAACUUCUAGAGUGCAACAGUUUGCGGGAUGUCAUGGGUCUGGUUCUAGCCUUUGGGAACUAUAUGAACGGAGGGAACAGGACUCGAGGCCAGGCUGACGGCUUUGGAUUAGAGAUCCUCCCCAAACUGAAGGAUGUCAAGAGCAGGGACAAUCGUAUCAGUCUUGUGGAUUAUGUGGUGUCAUACUACCUGCGUAAUCUAGAUAAGCAUGCUGGUACAGACAAAAGUGUGUUGCCACUGCCUGAGCCUCAGGACUUCUUCUUGGCUAGCCAGGUGAGGUUUGAAGAUCUGGCCAAGGACAUCAGGAAGCUGAAGAUAGAUCUGAAUGCGUGUGAGAAGAAUGUGCAGAAGGUGUGUGCGAACUCCUCAGAGGAACACCUGCAGCCCUUCAAGGAAAAGAUGGAGGCCUUCGUCUCUGCUGCUCGAAAGGAGCACACAGCAGAGGACGACCAGCUGAAAGCCGCACAGAAAAGGUUCCAGGACAUGGUGAGCUACUUUGGACUUAAGCCAAAGUCUGGAGAGAAGGAGGUGGCCCCCAGUUACAUUUUCAUGCUCUGGUACGAAUUCUGCAGUGACUUCAAGAACACCUGGAAACGUGAGAGCAAGAACAUCUCCAAGGAGCGGUUGAAGGAAGCUCAGGAGAACAUCAAGAAGAUCACCUCGGAGAAAAGGGUUGAAACCAAGAAGAUCAACGCCAACAGUCUGAAAGAGAGACUGCGCCAGAAGGAAGCCAGUGUGUCCUCCAGCUGAGUGAAAUGAUGUGUGGCAAAGCGAAAGAAGAGAUGAGAAAUGAGGACUGCUGGUGGAAAGAAACGUAGAAGAGAUAACAGAUGAGAGAGCGUGGUGGCCUCAUCAGUCCUGCAUUCACCACCUGCCUCUGUCCCAACAUCAUACCUCAUAGUGUACCGCCCUCUGUGCUCCUAACAAACUCACCCCCAAACCUUCCACACUAGACCCACUGCCGUACCUCUGUCCCACAAGCAGCUGGGGGCACAGUCACUCUGGUUCUGACCCCUCCCCAUCCCACAGAAAACAUGCAAUUUGUAUGAGCCCACCGCCCUGGAGAAGAGGGUCAUAUUGAGUAAAAGAGGCCUUUUGGUGCAGCCGUUCUGUAGAGAUACAAGCUCGGCCUGCACUGAAGAUGCACGGCUGACACAAACGAAGUGAUGAGAGUCCUAAAGGUCAAAGGUGGACCUCAUUCAUCCAGCCAGGCGCGACCUCUGGGUGCCCAGCUUGUGAAAGGUCACUAGGGGUCAAUGGGAUUCACAACAGCGCCAGCUGACACAUCCACAUUGGUGACCCAGGAAAAGCCCCUCUUAGAUCUACAGGAGGUGAGAACCCCAUUCCCUCCUAAUAUACUGUAGAUGUUACAUAGGACAGCAUUUAUACUAGAAUAUAUUCAAAAUUUUAGCAAUAGAUUGUGCAAAUACUGUUUAUUAGUCCAUGUUGUCACUGUGCUGUAUGAGCAGAUAUGGCUGCCUGGUGAUGUUUGUUCAGGAGAAAAUCACUGUUGACAGAAUGGUAUUCUGGGAAUGAUGAGGAAGAAGAAAGCAGCAUCCGCUGUUCUUCGCUUUAGAGAAUAGCUUUCCAUUCGCCAUGGCUCAUUACAAGUCUUGUAAAUACAUUUCAUGUUAUAUAGAAUUAGCAGGGACUGUGCAGCGUGUUCUGCAGAUGUAGCCGUAUAAAGAAUAUUUCAUACUGAUAUGUACUGGGCUUGAAGUCCAGAUGAAGACAUGCUGUAUACAAACUCAUGUGCAUACUAAUCAAUGUAUUCUGUUGAACUGCACCAGACUGACCUCUCCUGGGUGAGGGCCAGAGAAUAGCAGGCCCUAACAGCAACUAUGGCCCCUAGCCUUCUCCCCCUAAACACAUACACACCCACACACACGGACUCAAAAAUAUCAGGCCAACAUGAACAAACGACUACGAAGAAGGCAACAGGUCUUGGCCCGGCACCCAACAUAUUAAAUGUAUAUUAGAGAAUGCAGAAUCGUUAAUCUGUUAAUGAGUGUACAUGGUGUUAUGUCUAAGCACUUUCCUGCUUAAACCAGCUGUAUGUAGUAGCUUGCAAUGCCACAUUCCCCUGUUAUGCUGUUUUUUGUUUUUUUCAAAUGUAUUGCACUUUAUUGCACCUCUUUUCCUAUGCAAUGAUAUGGUUUCCUUGUUAUGAUGAUAAGAUUUAUGAAUUCUAUUGCAUCGCAAUGAAAGGAUACUUUUGAUUUAUUUUAUUUUAUUUUUAAAAGAGAUGUAGUAAAUGUAUUGAACUAAAUAUGUUGUAUUUUCACAAACUACAUGUAAACAUCGCAGGACAAAAUAAUUAUGUUCCUGUGCCAGUCGGUAUAUAAGCCUCUAUUUAUGUAAUGAGAGAUUUAUUUUAUGCCAAAAA